AUGGCGCUCUGCGCCAACCCUGAGCGCACGACGAUCCUAGCGAAGUUGCCGGAGUUCGACGCCCAGGGGCUCAUCGACCGGCCACCCACGGGCGCCACCGAGGCUGAAGGAUCGCCAGCGCCAGCGCCAGCACCCGAGCCAAGCCGGCCGGCGGAGUCGAGGCAGGCAGACGCGGCGAUGGCGGUGGGGCCAGCAGACGCGGCGGCUGUGGCGGGGCCAGUGGAUGCGGCGGCCGAGGCGAGGACGGUGGAAGCGGCAGCCGAGGUGGGGACGGCUGAAGCGGCGGUCGUGGCAGAGCCAGCGGACGCGGCGGCCGAGGCGGGGACGCAGCCGUCGCUCAAACCCUCUACGCCGGUGGAACCUACCCCGGGUGAGGGGCAGCUUGAAGCGGAGCGCACCAGGUUAGACUCGGAGAGGGCGCAGCUUGCGGCCGCCUGGCGCGCCUUUGAAUCCCGCCUCGCUGCGCAGCGCGCCGCGAACGAGGAGGAGCAAAACGCCGAGGAAGAAGCCCACGCGGCGGCCGCGCAGGAGCAGAAGCUUUUGGAAGAUACCCGCGUGGAGAUCGCGCGGGAGCAGGAGGUUUUGCGGAGCGCCCGCGUAGAGGCUGCGCGGGAGCGAGAAGACGCCGCCCGCUUGGCUGAGGCAUCACGGCAGUAG